AUGCAGCAAGAAAACAAUACAAAUUUUCAAAAUCAAGUAAUGCAAAUAUUGUCUACUAUGGCCAACGCCCAGGCCACCCAAGCUCAAGCAGCGCUUCAGUCGAGCUCGAUAAAUGAUACAACGUUUAGCAUGGUGGAAUGGAUGGGUGACGUAACCAGAAUUCAACGCGAGCUUAGCAUUUCCGAUACUGUGAUUGUUUUGAAAGCAGGUCACACACUUCGUGGACGAGCUGCUCGAUUUUAUAAGCAUUGGAAGCCUAUUGUUAGGGACUGGACUUCUUUUCGUAAAGACUUUGAGGUAGCAGGUGUUGCUGUCUCAAAGCCAAAUGAUGUAGUAAACACCAUGGUGGUCCCUGUAGCGGAAGUUCUGGGACCCGUUGCAAGCCAGUACCAUGCCCAGGAUGGUUUGGGACAGUACACCUAUGGAUAUUCAAAUCCUUUAUCGUCCAAAAACGAAAUAAAGACAGUUGAUGGUGUUACUAGGGGUGAAUAUUCUUACGUUGAUCCUGAGGGAAAAUUACAAUCCGUUGAGUAUAUCGCCGAUGCCGUGCAGGGAUUUAGAGUGGCUGCCAGUAAUCUUCCAAUAUCACCAAAAUUACCUGUCAUUCAAGCUCCGUUAAUGCCAAUUCCGGUUUCUGAUACACCAGAAGUAGCUGAAUCUAAGGCUAAACAUCUUGCAGCAUUAGAAGAGGCUAAGAUCAAAAUUGCCAACGCUGAAGUUAAAUUAAAGGCCAAUAACAACGAAGUUUUAGGGGAUAUUUCCAGUAGAAUAACGAACGCAGCACCUCUUAUUCAAACAUAUAGAUAUAGUAUAAACCCAAUUUACGGAAUUUACCCACACAAUUAUGCCCAUUUGAUGUUACCAUUAUAUAAAGAAAAUCCCCAAAUUACUCCCUAUAUAGCUUAUCCAGUUUCCAGUUAUCAAGGCAAUUAUAUCAUUGGUCAUUCGACCAUCGUCGAAAAUCAACUAAGACCAGCAUUACCUAUGGCUCCAACUGAUCUUCUGGAGGUGGUGAAAGCCAAAAAUGAACAUUUUGCUGCCAUUAAAAAAAUUAAAACGUAA